AUGCCCGAUCUCAGACAUGGGAAAUUGGGUGGAAGGGAGAUGGAUUUGGACUCUAAGCUGGAGAAGAACUCUGUUCACUUGGGAAUCUCUCUUACUGGAGGACCUGCUGCGAGACCUGGGUUCAAUUCAGCUUUCCUUUGGAGCCGAGGACCAUUGGCUCCCUCGAAUAUCUUAGCCUUCUCUUGGCGGGUAUUACUUGACAGAAUACAAACGAAAGAAAAUCUGAAGAAACGAGGCAUCAUUCAACCCGGUCAACAAAGCAAUUGUGUGUUUUGCCAUAACCAAGAGGAAAGCUUGUCCCACCUCUCGUUCUCUUGCAAAUUUGCGUGGGAGGUGUGGUCGAGAACAUUCAAGUGGUUGGGAAUUGUGACUGUCCAACAUUCAGAUGCAAAUUUGCAUUUUCUUCAGCACGGGAACAUCCUCGCCUCACACUCAUGCAAUGGAUGGUGGGUUAUAUGGGCUGCAGUUGUUUGGUCCAUUUGGAUACUUAGAAAUGACAUUGUGUUCAAUUCAGGCUCAGCUUGUGUUGAUAAGAUUAUGGAUAUAAUUCAAUUCAGAUACAGAACUGUAUCUUUUGUUGAUGUCUCUUCUGGGGCUCUUGGAACCGACCAGGGACUUUUGUUUCAAACAUUGGUAGCUGAAUAA